AUGCAUGUGUAUCCUCCUAUUCCUGGUCGUGCUGGCGCGCCGCCGAAUGGUGGUGCCUUUGAUGCUAGCUUUGGGUAUAGGCCACAAGGUCAGCAGCAACCUGUGGGAACAGCAGACGAUAGCUACAACGGAGGUUACCAGGAGGGUGAUUUCUCUACAGAUACGUACGACCAGCCGAUGAUGCCCGCUUCUACGUCUGCAAGUCGUCAACCGAUCUUUUCGCAGGCGGCGGGCCCACCACAAUCCUUCUCGAACGCUGCUCCAGCAGGAAGGUUGUCGCACAACCUCUCGGCGGCAGCUGCACCAAGAAAUUCCUCGCAUCAGCCGUACCCGGCGGCGGCAGCGACGACCGGAGCGGGACGACAACCGAUCGUAGCACCAAUGCAGUUCCACCGCCCCAUCCGCCACAAUUCGAGUAUCCCUUCCCCAACAUCUCCCUUCCAAGACCCCCCAAUCGCACCACCCGCGCCCUCGGACGGAUUUGCACACCAAGGAGCCCCAGCUGCUCGCGGAGACCGCCACGAUCCAGAAUCCACGCCUCUUGCCGGCGCCGGAGACUGGGCCUCCACCUCCUCCCUAGCACCUAGCCCAGUCGAAGGCCCGCCACCUGACUAUGCAAGCUUCCCGCCCAGCGUCGCGUCGCAUUCGCAGCCGCAUCCGAGAUCGCUGCAGCCGCAUUCGCAGCAACAGCCGGUGGCGGCAGCGGCGGCGUCAAGGGUCGACCCCACCGUGCAGAGGUACCAUCUUUCCGAUUGA